UUACAAUGCGCUUGUUCUGGUGGCAACAGCUUCCGCUGCUCAUACUGAUUCAGCUCUUAGAGCCCAGCAGAACAAGCCACAAGUUAUAUGCUGAAGCUUCAUUCACUUUCAAGACCACAGUAGGUAGUUCUCAGCAACCGAGUAGCGUGAUUGAAAGAAAUCCGUGCCUAAGACAACGGGCAUGUGUGAAUUGCUAUAAACUGAAGGACCCAGGUUUUGUUUCUUUAUUCCCCGGAAUCUGUACACUUUCUCUGCAGGCCAAAAUACUCAAUCCAUCACCAUUUAGUACAGGAGCUUUUCCUUCACAUUCCUCAAUUCAUCUACAGGAAAGAAUUUAUAAAUCAGCUGCAGCCAAUGGGGAUAGUGGUGUUCCAACUCUCACAACUGAGCAAGAAGAAGGUGGUCAUGAUUACAAGAGGCCCAAAAAGAAAGUUGCAGCCAUAAUUGGCGGUGCUGUCGCAGCUCUGCUCGUGGUGGUUGUCGUAUUUCUUGUGUAUAUCUGUUUGAUGCGUGUCAAGAAACUCAUAAGGAGAACAUCUGAAUCAGCAUCUUCCGUACCUUCUUCACCUGUUGAAUGGGAAAGAGGGGGUACAUCCCCAUAUGCUGUGGCUCUCUCUCCAUUUGAUACACAGAACUUGAGGGAGCUAAGUAUUCUGGAAGUGGAGCAAGCUACAUGCAAUUUCAGUCAAAAUAAUAUCAUAGGAGAAGGUAGAUUUGGUUUGGCUUAUAAGGGAAUGCUUCAAGAUGGAUCUAUUGUUGCUAUCAAGCGGCGCCUACAAACUCCAACUCGGUCUUUCUUUCAUCAGGUGAAGCAAAUAGCUCGUGUCCAGCAUGUGCAUCUUGUCAAGCUUAUUGGUUUCUAUUACGAUAGUUAUCAGCACCUACUUAUCUAUGAUUAUCUCUUAAAUGGAAAUGUCGGGAACCACCUAUAUGGUUUACCAAUUGGAAAGCUUGGCAUACGACAUAGGGUAUCAAUAGCUUUGGGUGCAGCCAAAGGACUGGGACAUCUUCACAGUUUGGUGCCUCCUCAACUGCACUUGAAUUUCAGGACGAGAAAUGUUCUCCUUGAUGAAACCUUUAUGGCUAAAGUAUCUGACUAUGGUCUUUCCAAAUUGCUAAUUGAGGGCAAUCACGCUGGUUCAUCUUCAGCCAUUGAUUGCUUUCUUGACCCAGAGUUAGAUAUGCCAAAGAAUGUUUCAGACAGAAGUGAUGUGUACAGUUUUGGGGUCUUCUUACUGGAAUUGAUUAGUGGACGUGGAGCAAAUGUCAGAAACCGGUCAAACUCGGGCGAAAAUUUAGUGUUGCAGGCCAAACAAACAGAAGACUUUGAAGAAUUUGUAGAUAAAUCAUUAGGAAGGCAAGCUACGGGAGCUGCAAAGCAGAUGAUGGAAUUGGCAUUGAUGUGUAUAGAUGGAAGUGCAAGAAGACCGCCGGUGAAAUUCGUCGUCGAAGAGCUAGAAAGAAUUCAAGAGGGAGAAAAUGCUCGCUUGAGUUCUGAACUUGAUCUUCAGAUAGGUGCUGUGACUCUUGGGAGUGAGCUCUUCAGAUGAGUUUCUGGUAGUAAUCUUGUCAUUCCUUAUUGAUUUUUCUUUGGGUGUAAUUUUUUUACUAUAGUAACAUAGAGGAGGAUUUCAAU